CGUCUCAAACACAAACACUCGAAACAUUUUUAUUUUAUGCUGCCCAGAGUCUUUAGCCUUUUACCAAACGGGUCCUCUGAGAUGGUCACGGCGGGAAAAGGGUCAAAGCAAAGUGGGAAGUGGCGGGAACAAAUUGGAGGCUAAAACUUAAAAGGACACGAAAUUGGCAUAAUAAAUACAGAUUUACACAUAGGCCCCACCGACUAUUUACGUUCCUAUACCCUUUUCAUUUUUCUCUAUCAGGCGAUUUCAAUGGCGAGAAGAAGAAGCAAAGCUAGGGUUUCCGAAGAAGAAGAAGAAGGACCCUCAACUCACGAAAAGAGCCUCUACGAGGUUCUUGGUGUGGAGAGGACAGCAUCUCAACAGGAAAUAAAGAAAGCUUACUAUAAGUUGGCAUUGCGACUCCAUCCUGAUAAAAAUCCCGGUGAUGAGGAGGCUAAAGUGAAGUUUCAGCAAUUGCAAAAGGUGAUAUCUAUUCUUGGGGAUGAGGAGAAGCGAGCAGUCUAUGAUCAGACUGGUUGUGUUGAUGAUGCUGACCUUGCUGGGGAAGUGGUUCAGAAUCUGCAUGCAUUUUUCAGAACUAUGUACAAAAAGGUUACCGAGGCUGACAUUGAAGAGUUUGAAGCAAACUAUAGAGGAUCAGAAUCAGAAAAGAAAGAUUUAAUUGAUCUGUAUAAGAAGCACAAGGGUAGCAUGAACAGACUCUUCUGUUCAAUGCUUUGUUCGGAACCUCAACUUGAUUCACAUCGUUUCAAGGAUAUUCUUGAUGAGACAAUAGCAGCAGGAGAACUGAAAGCAACCAAAGCCUACCAGAAAUGGGCGAAGAAAGUAUCCGAGACAAAACCACCUACCAGUCCUUUGAAAAGGAGGAAGUCAAAUAAAGAGUCAGAAACAGAUCUAUUGGCAAUCAUAUCUCAACGCAGAAGUGAGAGGAAAGAUCAGUUUGAUUCUAUGUUCUCAUCUUUGGUUUCAAAGUAUGGUGGGAAUAGUUCUGUUUCAGAGCCCACUGAAGAAGAGUUUGAGGCUGCGCAGAAAAAAAUCGAAAGCCGCAGGACCUCCAAAAAAUCAAGGCGGAAGUAACUUGACCUCUGAAUAGAACCAUGCCCUAUGAAUUGAUUGUGUACAAAUUCUGAUUCUGCUAAAUGUCCUGCAAUUGCUGUUACUGUUUAAAUGAGAUUCAGAACCGUAUGUAUGUGAGCUAUCUUUCAGCUAAA